UUGCAAGUUUCAGUCGGGCUUUAGUUUCAAACUCGUGCUUGCAAAGCAAAGUGGAGAGAUUUCUGGAUUAUUAACAAAAUUCAAAAAUCAAAACAAUUUAUGGAAAAUGUAUUCAGUGUUUUCAUUUUCAGAAUUCUUUUACUCUAAAAACGCUAAUUUUAUUUUUUAUUUUUAACUUUUGACAAGACAAUUCCUUAAAUUCUUCAAACAUUUGCACGUCUCUUCAUCUCUUUAAAGCUUUUCCCAUAUGUAAAAUAAAUUUCAUUCACUCAAAAAAAGAAAGAGAAAAUUAACGAAAAGCCAUGUUUCUGAGUUGUGUUACUUUCCCACCACCACCUUCCAUCUUCAUGACAGCCAUGUCAGUGGUGAGUGUGGUGUCAAUGGCGAACGGAGGCUACUCUGAAACCGUGGGAAAGCAUAUGCAAUAUUCCAAGUUUUGGAACGUUAACUCUGAGAAAUCUGCGGCAAAACAGGCUAAAGUUUCGAGCAGAAACGGGAUGCUUAUGCUUUAUACGCCUGCCUUUUUUGCGGGUCUUUCUUCUUUCUGGCUCUUUCCUGAUGACGGUUUCAGGUUUCUUUUGCUUAAGUCUGCUCUCACCUUCCAUUUCUUCAAAAGAAUCUUUGAGGUAUUGUUCAUUCAUAAAUAUAGUGGCGCGAUGACUCUUGACUCUGCAAUUGUUAUCACUCUAAGUUACUUCAUAUCAACUUCAACCAUGAUCUAUAAUCAACACUUAUCACAAGGAUUACCAGAGCCAUCAAUUGAUUUGAAGUAUUUUGGGAUGAUUGUGUUCUUGUUGGGAAUAAUUGGUAACUUCUACCAUCAUUUCCUCCUCUCAAAAAUGAGAAAAGAUGGUGAAAAACAAUACAAAAUUCCCAAGGGAGGUUUAUUUGACAAAGUAGUAUGCCCACAUUAUCUAUUUGAGAUAUUAGUGUUCUGGGGAUUUGCUUUUAUUUCUCAAACUUUUUAUGCAUUCUCAUUUGCUCUAGGCACAAGUUUUUACUUGAUGGGAAGGAGCUUUGCCACUAGGAAUUGGUACCUUACCAAAUUUGAGAAUUUCCCAAAAGAUGUCAAGGCAGUCUUUCCAUAUUUGUUGUAAAAUGAAAAUUUAUUUUAUCAUGCUUCAAAGAUGAUGUAUACAUUAUUAAUUUCAACUCAA